GAUAGAUUAGCAUUUCAGUAUCCUAAAUUAACAGCAAAGUCUUUCAGUCGUGAGUUUUUUGACAGCCAUCAAAUGUACAUUUGCCAUAUCCAUCACCAAAGUCGACAUUUCGAUCAUUACCAAAAUUCCAGUACAACAUCAUGAUUUUGAAGACACUGAAGCCGUUAUUUCUCCUUCUUUUUAGGAGACACAGGUAUACAUAUUUCUUCAACAAUCAUUAUUACGAAACUUGAUACCAGGGAGUUUUUGAGGAGUUCUAGCAAACGAAGCUGCUCUUCAAACGUAGCUCAUAUUGGCGGUGAAUCGAAGAGAGAGUAUAGCAGCGAACAGGGAUGUGGAAAGGGGGAGUUUCAAGUAUGCACAAUUUCCGAUUGUAUGGUGGAUCCUUGCAAGCCGGAACCGUCUGUUGUCAUCGUCGGAGCUGGAAUUGCGGGACUUUCUGCGGCGCAGAGAUUGGUCCAGUGUGGAGUCAGCAAUUUCACUAUCUUGGAGGCCACCGACAGACCAGGCGGCAGGAUCCACUCGUGCUGGCUGGGUGACGUCAUAGCCGAGAUGGGCUGUUCGAAUAUCUUGGGCGCAUGCAUCGGGAACCCAGUCUACAACCUGGCAGCUCAGGAGGGAUUGCUCAAGCCUCCAUUGAAAAAACACGACGACACCAAAGGGACCUUUUGCACCAGCGACGGAAGGGCUAUCGAUACGCCGAUUUCUAUGAUGGCGUUUCACGCUUUCAAGCAGAUUGAAAACGAAGCCGCUAGUUUGUUCAGCAUGGACGGCGGGAAACAGCACGGGUCAUUGCUGAAUUUCAUGGGUUACAGGAUCCAGCAGGAGAUUCAAAAAUUCCCCGAGGAUCAAAGGUAUGACGUAUCUCGAAUUAUGUACGGACUCACGAACCACUUACGAAUCAGGUUGGGAGACGACUUGAGUCAAGUAAGCGCUGGCAACUUUGGCAGCCAGAUAAAUAUACCUGGUGGUAGUGUAGGCGUACCCUUAGGUUUCGUGGGCGUUCUGUCACCCUUGAUGAAAGACCUGCCAGAUUGCAGCCUCAAAUUCGGCAAACCGGUGGGUCUGAUCCGUUGGGGCGCCGUCCAGAGCCGGAAUAAGGGACCCAGGGCAGUCGUACAAUGUUGCGACGGCGAAGAAUACUGCGCGGAUUACGUCAUUAUCACUGUCAGCUUGGGAGUGCUGAAGGAACACGGGGAGAAAAUGUUUUGCCCGGCUUUGCCUGCGAACAAGAUGGACGCUAUCAAAAGCUUAGGAUACGGCAACAUGGAUAAGAUCUUCCUGGACUACGAGCGGCCAUUUUGGGUAUGGUCCGAGGGCAACAUUAAGUUCGCCUGGUCGCAAGACGAACUGAACAAGAGAACGGACUGGACGAGAGGCUUGAGCGCUGUAGAAGAGGUGGAUGGCAGCAAGCAUGUCCUUUGCGCGUUCGUCAGCGGUCCGGAAGCGGUUGUUAUGGAGCAUGCUACUGACGAACAAGUAGCUGAAGGAAUCACUAAGGUCCUGAGGCAGUUCACCGGAGACGCAUCGCUGCCCUUCCCAUCUACCGUCCUCAGAUCAAAAUGGGCCUCCGACCCGUACUUCUGCGGAUCGUACAGUUACAUGAAUCUGGUUUCCAACAUUGGGCAUCAAUGUGAUCUGAGCAGUCCGGUACCAGGUUCCUGCGAUCCGGUACCACCGAUUUUGUUGUUUGCUGGUGAGGCUACUUGCGCAGGCCAUCACUCUACGGUUCACGGUGCGAGGUUAAGUGGUAUACGAGAAGCAGAAAGAAUUUUGCAACUUACGAAGAAAUUUGGAGGCCCACCCCCCAAGGAAUGCAACUGAAUCCGUAUCUUAAGGUUAAAUUAUCUCUUAUUGUGCAUUACGUCUUUGGUCGAAUAAAUGAAUAAAACAUUUGCUAUUUAUACUGGA